GCAAAAACUGCAGCUGAGCCAGGACUUCGUGAAGCUAGCGAUAAUGAUCAAGAAAAUUAUUUUCAAGAAUCAGAUGAAUGCGAAGAUAGUGAUGAAUAUAAUAGUGAUAAUGAUAUAUUAAAUGAAUAUGAAAAUAAUAACGAUAACAUUGAAGAAGAUAUAUCUUUUACAUUUAAAAAUCAUUAUGAUGGACUUCAAAAUUUACAAUCUUAUUAUAAUGAAGCUAAGCCAUACUUUCCAAAUAAAUCCGUAAUUAUUACAACAUUAAAACAAAUACAACGUGAUCAUCCAUUAAUGGUUUUAAAUAGCAAUAAUAUUAAUAUUAAUUUCAUAGAUACUCAAUCAACCUUUACUUCUUAUAAAGAAGGCUAA